GCCUGUCCAGCUUUGUAACACUUACCUCGGAUUUAACGCAUCUGUCACGAUGAUGAUUGUAGGGAACUAAAUAUACACGCAUGUAGUCAUCCGCACAUUUGCCGCUGACGCUUGAAGCUACAAAUCUCGUGACAUCAUUGGCGGGGUAGCUCCGCCAAUUGUACAGUGUACCUUGACAAAUACCUCCCUACAAUAAAGUACAACGUGCAGUUGCCUCAGUCUCUCGUGCUCCAAUCUGCAACACAGCUUCUCGAGCAGUAGUCUGAAGCUUACGCGUAUAUCGAUUGCAUACAGAGGCUCCCCUCCAGCUAUCUCACACCGAUCAACACGAACAGCAAAAUGUCAACAGAAAGUACGCAGUCGCAGGCCUGCUGCAAUACACCCGCCGUUACCAGCGGCACCUACAAAGAGAAGGGUGAUUGGAUCCAGGCCGAUGGAUUGAAGACUUAUGCUACUGGCUCCAAAGAUGCAAAGACUGGAAUCUUGAUAGUCUAUGAUAUCUUCGGCUUCUUUCCCCAGACACUCCAGGGUGCCGACAUUCUCGCCUACACAGACAAGGAGCAGCAAUACCAAGUCUUCAUGCCUGACUUCUUUGAGGGCAAUGCGGCAGACAUCUCCUGGUACCCUCCGGACAACAAGGAUAAGGAGGCGAAGCUGGGCGAGUUCUUUCAGACAAAGGCUGCGCCUCCGAAGACACUGCCGCGGAUCCCCAAGAUUGUUGAUGAGCUCAGCAAGAGUAAGGGCAUUGAGAAGUGGGCCAUCAUUGGCUUCUGCUGGGGUGGAAAGAUUGUCAAUCUUUCCUCGCAGGAGAACUCAAAAUUCAAGGUCGCUGCAGCAUGCCAUCCGGCUAUGGUAGCCAAGGACGAUGCGCCGGGAAUCACGAUCCCUUACAUCAUGCUACCAUCUGGCGAAGAGCCGAAGGAAGAUGUCGAGGCAUGGCAGAAGGGUAUCAAAGUCCCGAACAUCGUCGAGUGGUUCCCGGACCAGGUACACGGCUGGAUGGCCGCUCGUGGAGAUCUAUCGCAGGACAAGGUCAAGAAGGAGUACGAACGUGGCUACAAGAUGGUCUUGGACUUCUUCCAUAAGCACUUGUAAGUGGUCGCCAUUGCUUCGGGUGCACCUACUGAGAACCUCUCAGGAGUGUGGGCUCCAAGUUGUAGGCUGGCCUGGUCGUAAUUA